UCUAGAUAAGGUUGUGCCCUUUUGCCAUUAUUCAAUAACUUUUGUAAAUUGUCAAAAACGUGCUGAUUUAAUCGGGAAUUUGGCCGAUUUUAAAAAAUGAGCUCUUAUCUAGACAAAACUGGAAAUUCGUACCUAUUCGGUCAUAGUGCCGAGCUCUGCCAGCGCCCAGCUGCCACAAUCGUACUAUCCAACUCCAAUUGCUCUUCAAUUUCCACCCGCAGCUAAAAAAUGAGUGGGCAUUACCCGGCAUCCAUACACCCGACCCGAACCCGCAUAGGUUGGAUAGGCAUCGGCGUUAUGGGCGGCGCUAUGGCCGCCCGCCUCAUCUCCGCCGGCUACUCCCUCUCCAUCUACGCCCGCAGCCCCUCCAAGGCCGCCUCCCUCCUCUCACUCGGCGCCAGCCUCGCCGCCUCCCCUGCCGACCUCGCCGCUUCCAGCGACGUCGUUUUCACCAUGAUCGGCCACCCCUCCGACGUCCAAACCCUCGUCCUCGACACUCUCCUCCCGUCGCUAGACCCCGGCACCGUAAUCGUCGACCACACCAGCAGCCACCCAGCCCUGGCGAGGCGAAUUUACCGAUCCGCCCUCGAGAGACGCUGCUAUUCCGUCGAUGCCCCCGUCUCCGGAGGCGACGUCGGCGCCAGAGACGGCAGACUUGCGAUUUUUGCCGGCGGGGACGCGGAGGUCGUUCAGUGGCUUAAACCGCUGUUUGAUAUUUUGGGGAAAGUGAACUAUAUGGGCGGAGCUGGGAAGGGACAUAGCUGUAAAAUCGCUAAUCAGAUUGGGGUCGGGGUGAAUUUGCUGGGAUUGAGCGAGGGUUUGGUGUUUGCCGGGAAAUCCGGACUGGAUAAGGAGAAGUUUCUGGAGGCUGUGGGUGGUGGGGCCGCUGGGUCCAUGGCUAUGGAAUUGUUCGGGAAGAGGAUGGUGGAGAGGGAUUUUAGGCCGGGAGGCUUUGCGGAGUAUAUAGUGAAGGAUUUGGGGAUGGCUACAGAUGUUGCAGAGGAGGAGGGGCAAGUGGGGACGGUGGUGCUGCCGGGAGCUUCACUGGCAAAGCAGUUGUUCUCGGGAAUGGUGGCGAAUGGAGAUGGGAAAUUGGGCGCACAAGGUUUGGUGACGGUGGUCGAGAGGAUCAAUGGCUUGGGGGCUGAACAUGUGUUAAAAUAACUUGGCCGUAGCCUGCCUCUGUUUGAUAGCAUAGUGAGUCUAUCAAAACGCGAUUUUCAUUGAUCCGCAUGUCUUGUUAGCACUGUCACCAACUUCGACUCGUCCGCCUGAAAGCCUGAUUGAUCAUUGUGCAAGAGCUGUCCUGCAUCUUUAUUUUAUGUCAAUAUUUUUAUAUAUUAAAUUUAUGAUGAGACCCUCGUCCUGAUUGAUCAUUGUGCAAGAGCUGUCCUGCAUUUUUAUUUUAUGUCAAUAUUUUUAUAUAUUAAAUUUAUGAUGAGACCCUCAUCGUAGACAUAAUGAUAUAGUUUGGCUUGAUUCAUGUGUAGCCUAUAUGUAAUGUGCUGUUAUUUUA